CUUCAACUCCUCGAGCUCUGCUACACCUCAGUACCUCAGGACUUCUCUUUCCUUCCCCAUUAUCCUAAGCUGUACUUCCAUCGCACAGCUUCUCCGAUUCUUCUGCCCCGUAUUUUUGUCACACACAGCUCUCAAGCGGCUCCUUAGCUAGCUCCCGUUGGUUAUGUUCCGUUCUGGCUACUGGGAGGACGACCCGAUGGAGGGCGUUCUCGGUUCGAGCAUGCUCCGUCCCGGAGCUGCAACUCGCCGUUUCGAUGAAUAUUACCGAUGCUACCCUGUUGCGAUGAUGCCCGGGCCCGAAAGAGAAAACGUCAACCACGGCGGCAAGGUCAUCAUGCCGCCUAGCGCCUUGGACAAGCUGACUCGCCUGCAUAUCACAUACCCGAUGUUGUUUGAGCUUCACAAUGGUGCCAGGGAAAGAAUGACCCAUGCAGGUGUCUUGGAAUUCAUUGCGGAGGAGGGGAAGAUCUACCUGCCAUUCUGGUUAAUGCAAACACUUCACCUGGAGCCUGGCGACUUGGUCCAGGUCAAGUCUACCGAUCUGCCGCCGGGCCAGUUCAUCAAACUGCAGGCUCAGUCGACCAGUUUCCUCGAUAUUAGUGAUCCCAAGGCCGUGCUAGAGAAUGCCUUCCGCAAUUUCUCGUGUCUGACCAAGGGUGAUGUCUUCACGUUCGCCUAUAAUGACCAAGUCUACGAGAUGGCUGUUCUGGAAACCAAGCCCUCCACCAACAGCAAUGCCAUCUCGGUUCUCGAGACGGACCUAGAAGUCGACUUUGCGCCUCCGGUAGGUUACGAGGAGCCGCAGCGGCCGAGUGGAACCAGUACGCCUCGCAGCGCGGUGGGCGGGAAGUUACCGUCCGGUGGCCUGUUACACCCCCAUGGCACCAUGGCACAGUCAAUCAACUAUGCUGCUAUUGCACCCGAGUCGACAGAUGCUGCUGCUGGGGCUCGAGCCGUGUCGUCGAACUUCCUCGUCGGCGGACAACGUCUGAACGCCAAGAAAGGCAGCAAAACCCCGACCCCGAAGCCGUCCACGCCUACUCCCGGCGCCACCAACCCUCAGCAUCCUCCACCUGUAAGAAGAACAAAUGGACCGCAGCCUCUUCGACUCCCCCCGAAUCAGCUCUUCUUUGGAUAUGCAAUCAAACCCGUUAAGAAGCGUGAUGAGGCCGGGCAGGUUGUCGAAGGAGACAAACCUCGAUUCCAGGGUUCUGGCCAAACUUUGCGGGGGAAGAAGAAGGACACCAGUGGCACCGCUACGCCUACAUAGCUAGGGGAAAUAAUCAUUGCAACGGUACAUGACGAGGCCAGAUGUAUCGCAAAACAAAUGUUGAGACACAAGGCCUCGUACAAUCCCUAGGUUCGGCACUCUGCUGGGUUUGGAUGCCAUUUGAAUGAUAGACAGCAGCGCGGGACAAAAGCCGGGACGAAUUUAGAGCAUAGCGAGGACUGGCGUUUGAUAGGUUUAUCUUUAGUUCCAAUCGUGAUCGGGUUUUUUUGGCUUGUG